GCCGGGACGGCAAGCGCACGCGCAGAGCCGGGCGUCGGCUACUUGUCCCGCGUCACGGGGCGGCGAAGAGGAGGGGGAGCGGAUGGAGCCCGGGAGCGGUCCAGAGGAUGGGUCGGAGGUGACGCGGGAAGACGGAGAGCCCGAGGUGAAGAAGCGGCGACUUCUGUGUGUGGAGUUUGCCUCGGUCGCGAGUUGCGACGCCGCCGUGGCUCAGUGCUACCUAGCCGAGAACGACUGGGAGAUGGAAAGAGCGCUGAACUCCUACUUCGAGCCACCGCUGGUGGAGAGCGCCUCGGAAAGCCACCGUGAGACCCCCUCCGAGCCCGAGACCUGUGUUGACCUAACCAAUGAAGAAACAACUGAUUCCAGUAGUUCUAAAAUCAGCCCUUCUGAAAAUACUCAGCAAGAAGAUGGCAGCAUGUUCUCUUUCAUUACCUGGAAUAUUGAUGGAUUGGAUCUAAACAAUCUGCAAGAGAGGGCUCGAGGGGUGUGUUCUUAUUUAGCUUUGUACAGCCCAGAUGUGGUAUUUCUACAGGAAGUUAUACCCCCAUAUUAUAGUUACCUAAAGAAGAGAACAAGUAAUUAUGAGAUUAUUACAGGUAACAAUUUUCCUCAUUUUGGUGAAAUUCAAUUGUUAAAAACUCUCCCCCUCUUAAAAAGCCAAGAGAUUAUUCCUUUUCCAGAUAGCAAAAUGAUGAGAAACCUUUUGUGUGUGCAUGUGAGUGUGUCGGGUAAUGAACUUUGCCUUAUGACUUCCCAUUUGGAGAGCACCAGAGGGCAUGCAAAGGAACGAAUGAAUCAGUUAAAAAUGGUUUUGAAGAAGAUGCAAGAGGCACCAGACUCUGCUACAGUUAUAUUUGCUGGAGAUACAAAUUUAAGGGAUCAAGAAGUUACCAAAUGUGGUGGUUUACCCAAUGACAUUUUGGAUGUCUGGGAGUUUUUGGGCAAACCUAAGCAUUGCCAGUAUACAUGGGAUACACAAAUGAACUCUAAUCUUGGAAUAACUGCUACUUGUAAACUUCGUUUUGAUAGAAUAUUUUUCAGAGCAGCAGCAGAAGAGGGCCACAUUAUUCCCCGAAGUUUGGACCUCCUUGGGUUGGAAAAACUGGACUGUGGUAGAUUUCCUAGUGAUCACUGGGGUCUUCUGUGCAACUUAGAUGUAAUAUUGUAAAAUGCUUUUCAAAUACAAGUUUUAAAUGUUCUGAGUGGUUUUAUUCUGGAUUUUUGCAAAUAUAAUUUCUACAUGUCUGGAAAGGUAGGUUUAAUAUGGAGGAAUUAAUAUAUUAGAUCAUUGUAAAAGAAAAAAGAAAACAACUGUGAUUUUAUCUUGUGGAUUGUGUCCUCAAAAUUCAGGAUUGAAAAUGUUUAUUUAAACAAAAGCAUGCUGGUGUUCAGAAUGUGAGGCCUUUUAAUGAUAGGGCACAAAAUCUGUCAUAGCUUUUUAUUUGGCAGUUGGCUGGUACCAGGAUCCAAACCUUUGACCUUAGUGUUACAAGUCCGCACUCUAACCAACUGAGCUAACCAGCCAGCCCCGACAUGGUUAACAGUGCUCGUAGAUGCCAGUUGGGUUCCAAGCAGGGACUCUAGUCUGACCUUUAUUACUUAUUUUUUCAAUCAGGCACCAAAAUAGUUAAUAUUUUAAAUAGUUUAAAUAAGAAGAAAGAGGUUACUGAGUCCCUAGGACUAUAUCUUUUACUUUCCAAAUUCAGUUAAUCUUAAAUGAAGAAGCCAUGAUCAUCUACAGUUAAGUAGAUGACAACUUUCCUACAUGAGACUUUAUUUUUGUCAGCUAACAGUACAUGACUGGUAAGCUAUAAAUGAAACUCUCUGAUUUAAAAUUCUUUAACUACUUUUUUGAUUUAUGUUUUAGUUAUGUCACCAACAGAGGCAAAGUUAGGGUUGGUAAUGAUUAAAAUCAGUGUUUAGUACCAUGAGAAUUUAUUUCUAAGAGAAAAAUAAAUGCAUAAAGAGAAAUAGCCUUUUAGUUUUGCUACUUGUAAAAUGGAAAUGUUUUAUAGGAAGUGAAUAAAGAGUACUUUUAAAUGUGCUUUAAAGAAAAAAAAUUUUCCCCACAAGAGAAACGUACACUUUAAAUAAAUAAUUUUACUUGUU